UCCAAAAGAGACAGGAAAACCAUGGAGAAAGACCGAAGAAACCAAAUGAAAAAUCUCUAUUCCGAACUCAACUCACUUGUCCCUCAGGAUCCGUCCUCUUUUCCAAGGGCAAUUCCAGAUCAAAUAGAUGAUGCAACAAACUACAUCAGGCAACUUCAGGACAACAUCAAAAAUUUGAGUAUGACCAGGGAUGAGUUGCAGGGAUCAGCUGGAGGGUAUAAUGCUAAUAGAGGAAGUUACUCGACGAACUCGCCGGUCCAAAUCGAAGUGACUGAAAAUGGGAAUGCCCUAGAGCUAGAGGUGACUGUGUUGACGGGGUUGGAGUGCCAGUUUGUUUUCACUGAGGCACUCCGAAUUCUGCAUGAGGAAAAUGCUGAAGUUGUCAACGUUAACUAUUCUGUUGCUGAAAACAUUGUUUUUCACACCAUUCAUGCACAGAUGGGCGAGGCUGCGUCGAGUAAUGCUGUUGCAAGGAUUACUCAGAGGUUGAAGAACUUUGAGCUUUGA